ACAACAUUUGGCCGGCACCCGGCGCCCCCGGCUCGACAGAAAUAGCGGGCGCUGCUGCGGUGCGGGCAGCGCAGGAAAGGGAACGGCUUGGGCGAUGGGUCGCCGUGCCUGCCUGCCUGCCUGCCGGCACACUCGCCUGCCUGCCGGGAGCCGUGCCCGCAGGUUCUGUCACAGCAUAGAAGUGAGAUCCACGAGACUCCUCUAAGAUGUCUUACAGAAAGGAGCUAGAAAAAUACCGAGACCUGGAUGAAGAUCAGAUCCUUGGAGCUCUGACAGAGGAGGAGCUCAGGAAGUUAGAGAAUGAACUGGAAGAGCUGGAUCCUGAUAAUGCACUGUUGCCAGCAGGCCUCAGGCAGCGGGACCAGACACAAAAGCCACCAACUGGCCCCUUCAAAAGGGAGGAACUCAUGGCCCACCUAGAAAAGCAGGCAAAGGACAUUAAAGACCGAGAAGACUUGGUUCCUUUCACAGGUGAAAAGAGAGGAAAAGCUUGGAUUCCCAAGCAGAAGCCGAUGGAUCCUGUUUUGGAAAGUGUGACUCUGGAGCCGGAACUGGAGGAAGCCCUUGCUAAUGCCUCUGAUGCAGAACUCUGUGACAUUGCUGCCAUCCUUGGCAUGCACACCUUGAUGAGUAACCAGCAGUACUAUGAGGCACUGGGGAGCAGCACCAUUGUGAACAAAGAAGGCCUCAACAGUGUAAUUAAGCCCACACAGUACAAACCAGUUCCUGAUGAGGAGCCAAACUCAACAGAUGUGGAGGAAACCCUGAAACGAAUACAAAGCAAUGAUCCUGACCUGGAAGAAGUCAACCUUAACAAUAUUAUGAAUAUUCCUAUACCAACUCUAAAAGCUUUUGCAGAAGCGCUGAAAAACAACGCAUAUGUGAAGAAGUUCAGCAUAGUUGGGACCCGGAGCAACGACCCUGUUGCUUUUGCCCUGGCAGAAAUGUUGAAGGUCAAUAGCACACUGAAGAGCCUGAAUGUGGAGUCAAACUUCAUUUCUGGGUCUGGGAUCCUGGCUAUCGUCGAAGCGCUCGAGGGCAACACGUCGCUCGUGGAGCUGCGCAUCGACAACCAGAGUCAGCCCUUGGGCAACAAAGUAGAAAUGGAAAUUGCAAAUAUAUUGGAAAAGAACACCUCCCUACUGAAAUUCGGGUACCAUUUCACUCAGCAAGGUCCCCGGCUUCGCGCCUCCAAUGCCAUGAUGAGUAACAACGACCUGGUGAGGAAGAGAAGACUUGCAGAGGUGAAUGGGCCUAUUUUUCCCAAGUGCAGAACUGGAGUGUAGUCCCUGGCCAUGGAGGUCAUUCCCAGUGAUCUGUGCUACACUGUGGAAAUCUAAAGGCAAUAAGUGCCUUGACAGAGUAUUUGUGGUGCCUCUGUUCUGUUUAAUGCACUAACAGUUGAAACGAAAUAGUGGCUGUAGUUUUUAUGAAGAUUUUAUCCAGUAGGACUGUUGAUGUUUUCUGCAGAGUUGGAAACUAUUCAAGCCAACUUGUCAAUUUUAUGCAACCUCAGUUUAGAGUACAAUCCAGUGUUAAAGGGGAUUAAUUUUUCUAUAAAAUUCCUGCACGGUGUUUCAUAGUUAGAAUGUGGUAUGCAUGAAUGAAAGAUAAAAUUGUUUCACACAAAUUAUAGAAGUAUUAAAAAAAUACUUUAUUUUAUUUUAUUUUUCAAAGUUGAUCUCAAGUAACUACAGAGGAAUAACUAGUUUAACAAGCACUUCUAACAUCUGGAGACAUGGCUAAUUUCAAGAAUUGUGAGUUCCAAUUUUUGCCAACAUUUGCUGAAUCAUUUGAGAUGCUGUGUCAAAUGCAUCCCAGUGUUUCUUACAAAAAAACUGAUCUCCACCCCCGACUAAAUGGAAUUUAAGGCCACCAAAUAUAAAACAGUCUCAAAAAUCAAGUGGUUUAGAUGGGUGAAUAUCCUUCAAUCCCAUGCACAUGUGAAGACAACACAAUCUUAGAGAUGGCCAAACUAAUCAGCAAAUGACAACCUUCUCUUCUAUUCCUCACUCCUUUCAGUUUCCUGGUGUUAAAAGUGGUUGUCCAGAUACUGCACACAGGUCACAAUCUCUCCCUUUGCUGUUUUGUCUAGAUAACCAUGUCCAUUAACUAAAUUUUGUUCUGCUAGGAGUUAUUUCCUCUUACUGCUGUCCCUUAUGUCCACAUAAAUGCAAGAAUAAAUUCUGUGCCCUAAAAAAGCUGUGAAGUGAAAUACCCCAAAUCUGAACUUACACUACGUAUGAUCUCACAGCUGUCAGUGUACACUCAUCAUUCAGCCUGGGAGGAAUUCCCCACAGGCUUGUGGAUCUCCCAGACCUGCAGCAGACUGGACCCAGCACAUCCAAACCUCCCACUGUUAAUGUGGGUGGGAUCCUGCUCAGUAAGAAGUCUCCACGGAAGAAGCACUGCUGUACUGAAACCUUAAUCUUGGGCAGAUGACACAUCCUAGAAAAUGUUCUCUCUUGCUAAAAAUCUACCUUUAAAUGUCUGUUAGAGAGUGAAGUUUUUCAGCCUUUUACAUACGUUCUGGCAAAAGUCCCAGAGAUUUCUCCAGAGCUUGUGCACAAACACUGCUGAUGAUUUAGCUCUGACCAGCAAAGCAGAGGAACACUGUUCAGCAAUGUGGGAAACAUACUUGUUGCUCUCCAAAUCUUAAUAAAUGUGCCCGUGGUGUCAUAUAAAACCCUUCACCAUAGCUUGUUUCCUCCACUGUGCAAGUUCUGUAUCAGAAAAUGAAUGUGGAAUAAAAAUGCUUGAAAACAUA